GUUUUGAUUUCUGGUCUCUGUGUUUCCUCUCAGAUCCGUUCCUUUUUUCUUCGUUUUCUCCGUUCCUCUUUCAGUUUGCUUUUAUUUUCUCUGAUUGCGUUCUCCUUUAUAUACUCGAGUUUUGAAAAUUUAUGUGAUUUUCCUUUUUUUUUUUUGUAUUUUUUCUAAUAUUAGUUUACGUUAUAUCUAAACAAUGUACGGACAUUCAGGCACUUUUAACUGUUAAAGUUUCUGUUUGCUGCUUUUUCCAUGUCGUUUUGGAUUCUGUUUCGAUAUGUUUGUUGUAUUUAUUUCUUUCCUGUUUUUAGUGAGCGUAUGUGAAGCUAAGCAUGGGUUUUGAAAUGGGGUGGGUCUGGGGAGGCCUAUGCGCUCACCUGUUGAAAAAUGGAUUUAGAGGAUAAAUUCCUUGCUAAAGUUUCUGGGGUUCAAAGCCUUUCUUCCAGUGUGCAAAGCACACCUGAGAAAAAUGGGAAUUCAGAUGAUGCUUCGAGAAGUCCAGAACUCCUUCAAGAGUUUCUGAAAUCUGGACCAAAAAAGGAGCUUCUUCGAACUUGCUUUGAUAAGGAAAAGAAGCACACAGCUUCAUCUAAGAGCAAAACGACAGAAGUUACAAAGAUAGGUAGCAAAACAAUUAAGAAGCAGGAAUCUAAAAAAGUGUCUUCAAGUCCCAAUAAUCAGCCUUCCUUUAAGAAGCAACAAAGAAAGGGGGAAAAUCCCACACAACUCGUACCUGCUUCUGAGCAGUCAUCAGAUUUUGGAUGUUCAAACUCAUGGAUAUGUAAAAAUUCUGCGUGUAGAGCUGUCCUAUCCAUUGAUGACACAUUUUGCAAGAGGUGCUCUUGUUGUAUUUGUCAUUUAUUUGAUGACAAUAAAGAUCCUAGUCUCUGGUUGUUUUGCACAUCUGAAACUGGUCAGGGAGACUCCUGUGGGCUAUCAUGUCAUAUUGAGUGUGCACUUCAACGUGAUAAGGUGGGCGUUGUUGAUCUGGGACAAUUGAUGCAACUAGAUGGUAGUUAUUGCUGUGCUUCUUGCGGUAAAAUUUCUGGCAUACUUGGAUGUUGGAAGAAGCAGCUAAUCAUUGCCAAGGAUGCUCGUCGUGUUGAUGUGCUCUGUUAUAGGAUAUACUUGAGCUACAGGCUAUUGGAUGGGACUUUAAGGUUUAAAGAGCUGCAUGAAAUGGUGAAAGAUGCCAAGGCCAAACUAGAAACGGAGGUGGGUCCGGUGAAUGGUGUUUCAGCCAAGAUGGCACGUGGUAUUGUCAGCAGACUCUCUGUUGCUGGUGAUGUGCAGAAACUUUGCUCACUUGCAAUUGACAAAGCGGAUGAGUGGUUAGCUAUCAUUUCUAAUGGAAAAUCAAGUUGCAGAGAGGAUUCACUCCCUGCUGCUUGCAGGUUCUUGUUUGAAGAAGUGACAUCGUCAUCUGUCAUAAUCAUUUUAAUUGAAUUGUCUACUGUAUCAUCUGAUGAUAUUAAGGGCUACAAGCUCUGGUAUUGCAAGAGUAGAGAAGAAACACACACAAAAGACCCGAUUUGUGUGUUUCCAAGAGCUCAGAGGAGGAUUUUGAUAUCCAAUCUGCGGCCCUGCACAGAGUACACUUUUCGAAUUGUUUCAUAUACAGAUGCUGGUGACUGGGGUCACUCUGAGGCCAAGUGUUUUACCAAGAGCAUAGAGAUAAUUCACAAGAAUCCAAUUUCCUCAGUUGCUGUCAAUGGCAAGAAUCCAAAUACCCAAUUGGGAGGAGGUACUUCUGGUUCAAAAAGAGAGUCUAAAACUACAAUGUCUGUAAAUUCUUCUGGAUUCAAGGUUCGAGAGCUUGGAAAGGUCCUCCACCUGGCUUGGGCUCAAGAGCAAGGAUGUUUUGAAGGUUUUUGCAGUGCUGAUACAGAAAAAUGUUGUGGAGCUAGCCAAGUGAUGAAGUCUGAAACUAUGGAAGAUCAGUUGCCAUCUGUUUCACGUGGGCUUGACUUAAAUGUUGUUUCUGUGCCUGAUUUGAAUGAAGAGCUGACCCCUCCAUUUGAGUCUUCCCGGGAUGAAGAUAAUGGUUGUACUUUGGAACAGGCUGUUGAGGUGGAUGACGAUGCUGCUUCUCAUGACAUAAAGAAGAAUGGUUUAGCAAGAUCAAAUGGUAGUGGUGACUCCCAGACCUGGACCGAUGGGCCUAGUGCAGAAGAGCCAGCUGUUGAUUCGGGGGCAGAGCUGUGCAGGAAAAGGGCUGCACAUUCCAAUGAGGAGAUGAAUGACUGUGUUAGCACUUUGAUAAAUGGAUCACCAUUCCGUGUUUCCAAUGGCUCAGGUUGCUUGGAUGACAACUUUGAGGACUGUGUAAAGAUAAUCCGAAUGUUGGAAUGUGAGGGUCACAUUAACCAGGAAUUCAGGUUGAAAUUACUGACCUGGUUUAGUUUGAGAUCAACAGAACAAGAACGACGAGUGGUCAACACUUUCAUACAAACUCUGAUGGAUGAUCAUAGUAGUUUGGCAGGUCAGUUGGUUGACUCCUUUUCAGAUAUCAUAUCCAGCAAGAGGUCGCGAAACGGUUUCUGUAGCAAGCUGUGGCAUUAAAUUAGGGCUGGGCAUCCAAAAAUACGGGAUUGCUAUUUUCUUCGCGAUUAUUUUUUCCCAUGUGACAAAUUACCUCUGAUUGUUUUGCCGUUCUAUGUACAGGCAUUUUUUCUUAAAUCACUUCGUGAAGUGAUUCAUUUAUGUUAUGGACAGGUUUGUCCAGCUAAGAGAUUGGUUGCUGAUUGCAGAGGCAGUUCCCAUUUUUCUUGAAGGCAAUGUCCAUGGAUGGAAGGCUUCAUGCUGUAAAAGGCAUUCGCAUGUGAGACUUCAUCCUGUAGAAGCCAUUGCAAUUUCUCAGAUUGUGCUAAUUACAUUUGAAGCAGUAGACGUUAGUGAUGAACAUUUAUAUAUUUGGAUACUGUUAUUAUUUUGCCUUCUUUAAUUCAAAGAAGGGUACGUUAAUUGAUGGCUAAAUUUAGUGGUUA